UUGUAUGAACCAUUGAGGUGUGAUUGCAGCCAAUGUAACCCAAAUAGAGGACAUGAGGCACAAACGGGAGUUGAUAUUCCGCCUGAUACAUAACAGCUGCGCCUUUCACAUUAGUGAACACUUCAACGCUUGACGACACUGCGCAAACAUUUAAGGAGGAAUACAAUCAUCAUCAAAGCCGGCGUUAACUCUCAUUCAUCAGGGAGCUUUUUACUGGUGUUUCUUUACAUUUACCCGCGAUAUUCUAUGCAUGAUGUCCGUACAUGCACUGCGUAAAAGUGCAAGCUCCAGCUGCAGUAACAGUAACAUGGCACCAGCAUCACUUCCCCUUACAUCUUCAUUUCUGCCUGCAUCUCCGACGCAUUGAUGGAGGAUGACGAUUUGGAGUAGCUAGCGGGAUAAAUCAUUAACGUAAUUGAAAUGCCGGCAUUCUCGUGUGCCUUUCCUGGCUGUCGCAGGGAUCUCCUGGUAAUAGUUUUAGUUGUGUUCGUGGGCAUUGGAUUACCUAUUGAAGCCUCUGCCCCUGCAUAUCAAUCGCAUGGGACUGAAGGCUCACAUUUAACUAAUAUAACAAAUACUAAAAAGGCAUUUCCUGUACUUGCCGUAAAUUACGAACACGUACGAAAGCCUUUUGAGAUCGCGCUAUGGAUCCUCCUCGCCUUAUUGAUGAAACUUGGUUUCCAUCUGAUCCCGCGUCUGUCUGCCGUGGUCCCAGAGAGCUGCCUGCUGAUCGUGGUGGGGCUGCUAGUGGGGGGGCUCAUCAAGGUGAUUGGAGAAGAGCCCCCAGUACUGGACUCCCAGCUCUUCUUCCUGUGCCUCCUCCCUCCCAUCAUCCUUGAUGCUGGCUACUUUCUGCCGAUCCGGCCCUUCACAGAGAAUGUGGGCACCAUCUUGGUGUUUGCGGUGAUAGGUACCCUGUGGAACGCCUUCUUUAUGGGGGGCUUGCUGUACGCCUUGUGCCAGAUCGAGAGCGUCGGUCUGAGCGGAGUUGACCUGCUGGCCUGCCUGCUCUUCGGCUCCAUCGUGUCGGCCGUGGACCCCGUGGCCGUGCUGGCUGUGUUUGAGGAGAUCCAUAUCAACGAGUUGGUUCACAUCCUGGUGUUUGGGGAGUCCCUUCUCAAUGAUGCUGUCACAGUGGUUCUGUACAACCUGUUUGAGGAGUUCUCCAAAGUGGGGACGGUCACUGUAUUGGAUGUGUUCCUAGGCGUGGUGUGUUUCUUCGUGGUGUCCCUAGGAGGGGUCCUGGUGGGGGCCAUAUACGGCUUCUUGGCAGCCUUCACCUCUCGUUUCACCUCUCACACCCGCGUCAUCGAACCCCUUUUCGUCUUCCUAUACAGCUACAUGGCCUACCUUUCCUCCGAGAUGUUCCAUCUCUCUGGUAUCAUGGCUUUGAUAGCAUGUGGGGUUGUGAUGCGGCCCUAUGUGGAGGCCAACAUAUCCCACAAGUCCUACACCACCAUCAAGUACUUCCUGAAGAUGUGGAGCAGCGUGAGCGAGACACUCAUCUUCAUCUUCCUGGGCGUCUCCACGGUGGCAGGGCCGCAUGCCUGGAACUGGACCUUCGUCAUCACCACCGUCAUCCUCUGUCUGGUGUCACGAGUACUGGGUGUGAUUGGCCUUACAUUCAUCAUCAACAAAUUCCGUAUUGUCAAGUUGACCAAAAAGGACCAGUUCAUUGUGGCCUACGGUGGCCUGCGAGGGGCCAUAGCUUUCUCCCUGGGAUACCUGCUGUCAAAUAGUCACCAAAUGAGGAACUUGUUCCUGACAGCAAUCAUCACUGUCAUUUUCUUUACUGUGUUUGUGCAGGGUAUGACAAUCAGGCCCUUGGUUGAGCUACUUGCUGUGAAGAAGAAGAAGGAGAGCAAGCCUUCCAUCAACGAGGAGAUUCACACAGAGUUCCUGGACCAUCUCCUCACAGGAGUUGAGGGUGUCUGUGGCCAUUAUGGGCAUUAUCACUGGAAGGAGAAGCUUAACCGCUUCAACAAGACCUACGUGAAGAGGUGGCUUAUAGCGGGCGAAAACUUUAAGGAGCCUGAGUUGAUCGCCUUCUACCGCAAGAUGGAGCUGAAGCAGGCUAUUAUGAUGGUGGAGAGUGGCCAGCUGCCCUCAGUUCUGCCCUCCACCAUCUCCAUGCAGAACAUCCAGCCCAGAGCGAUUCCACGGGUCUCUAAGAAACGGGAGGAAGAGAUCAGAAGGAUCCUGAGGGCCAACCUGCAGAACAACAAGCAAAAAAUGCGCAGCAGAUCCUACAGCAGACACACGCUGUUUGACGCCGAUGAGGAAGACAACGUGAGCGAGGUGCGCCUACGGAAGACGAAGAUGGAGAUGGAGAGGAGGAUGAGCCACUACCUCACUGUUCCAGCCAACCGGGAGUCACCUAGGCCUGGAGUCAGGCGAGUCAGGUUUGAAUCAGACAACCAGGUUUUCAGUGCUGACAGUUUCCCUACUGUCCACUUUGAGCAGCCUUCCCCUCCCAGCACACCUGACGCUGUCAGCCUAGAGGAGGAGGAGGAGGAGGAGGUACCCAAGAGGCCUAGCCUGAAAGCAGACAUAGAAGGACCCAGGGGUAAUGCGUCAGACAACCACCAGGGCGAGCUGGACUACCAGAGACUAGCACGCUGUCUAAGCGACCCCGGUCCCAAUAAAGACAAGGAGGAUGACGAUCCCUUCAUGUCCUGUUAAAGAACAUCUUUUAAACUAUAGCGCUUCAAAUGAGGAGAAUAAUCGGAUUCCACUAUUUCAGAAGCUCCUUAAUUCUCCUCUGGCACUUACUUGUAUGAGAUGGAGAUUUUUCUAUGGCAACAUCUCAAAGUAUCUCAUGUAUCGAAGGACAUUUCUAAUUUAUCUCUGUGCCGUUGUUGUUGUAUUUCUCAUGUUUGGGUCCUUGUUCUUUGGUGUUUUUGAUGUAAUAUAAUGUGAAUAAUUUGCCAAAGGUUCACAUAACAAUUUUUCUUGAACCAUUUUUCAAUAUCAUGAAAUCAUGAGUCAAGAUUUGUUUUGUGUUUCAGAUAUUUUUUAAAUGUUUUUUUGUUAUGUAAAAUCACGGCUUCCUUUUAGAGAGAGAAAUGUAGGUGUUUGUCAGCACUUCUGUCUUAAUACGUUUUCACAUGAUAGUGCUUCUCAUUCACUUUAUUCGCAUGAAUAUUAAAUAUGUUUUCUCAGGGACUGCAUCACAGGGUAGCUGGCCAACUACCCUUAGCAGCCAGAAAACACACUCCUGGUAACUAUACAAAUGCAAUUUCCAGUAUGUCUUUUGACUGGAUAAAAGCCUUUUCAUUGGAAGCAAGUAGCAAAAUAGAUUGCAUAUCACUCAAAGUAAUCGCACUCAUGCCUUGUCUCCACUGUAUUUGGGUCUGAAGCUGUCAAAAUCCAUUUAGACUUGUGAUUGUUUAAAAAAAGGAAGUUGCCAAGUUGAAUAAUUUUUAUAAGAAAGACAAUGCAGGCCUAUUUGAAAUGGGUUGAAUUGUUAGCAGUUUGUACUGAGAGGUAAAACAAUCUUUACAGAUAAUAUGCAUCAGAAAUUAAGAUGACUUCAUGACUGAGUUUAACAAUAAAGUGCUCAUAAAAUACAAAUA